ACAUGGCGGAAAACGGUGUGGAGGUCUGACUUGGACGCAGAAUCGGCCCUGUUUCUCCUAGUGAGCUUAAGCAAAUCAAGUCAUGGAAGCUUAGCAAGACAAAAUGAGCGAGUCCAGUUCUGGAAAAGGCAGUGGCAAGAGGCGAAAGUCUUCUGGAACUCCAAGGAAAUCUGAUAGCUCCUCACCUUCUCCUGUGAAAAGUCCCUCUGUAAACUAUGCCAAGCUUAGUCCAAUGGCUAAAAAGGUACGAGACGUUGCUGCAGACUGGCACAACUUGAUCCAGAGAUGGGAGGUACUGAACGCAUCAGGAGCCUCUGUCUCCAACAAGAUUGUCAACUGUAAACUUACCAACAUCGAGUCUCAAGAUGCAGCUGUAGUGACUGUUGAGCAGACAUCAGCAGGGUUCACAGCUGGAGCAGGUGAAGCAGCUGAUGCUGAUGGGAUGAGUAAGGAGCUGGAAGGUUUCUGUAAUCAGCUGACUGACACAUACAAUGCUAUGGCUAAAUUGUUGGAGAAGAUGAAGAAGUUGACCUUGAACCUCAAAGGCCAAUGGGAACUGCAGCAAUACCAGUCUAACAAGGAUGAGGGUGAAUCAAGCAUUCUGUUCCAGACAUGGCCUAUUCAACAUUUCUAUGAAGUAUCAGUAGAGCUGUCUGAGAUGUACAGCAGGGAGCUGAAACUGAAGCAGGGGAUAUCAGAGAACAUCGCACACCGGUCUGAUAGGCACACCAUGAUGUUCCUAGCCUCAUCCUGGCUCCAUCAGCCAUACAUAGACAACAGGAGUGAACUAUUGUUAGAGAGUAUGCUGGUAGAGACUGGACACAGAUGACAUUUACUGUGUGAAGGGGCAAUUGAAAAACUGUUUCUGCAGACAUACAUAGAAUCUACAAUAGGUGUCAUGACAUGUAAAGGGAGGGUAUAGUUCAUCAUUAUAAUUUAUAGCUUUAAAUUGUAUAACAUGAAUUAAAGAUUUGGUACACACUAUGUAGUAUUACUCGAACAUGUAACUGUUACUAGCUGUCUUCUCACUAUGCAAUACUAGGUUUCUUCUUUUGCAUUAUCAUGUACAAUCUAUUAUUAUAUUCAUCCCAAAUAUCGAAUGUUGUUCAAUGAGCAGGCAAUGUAUCAAAAAGAGUUGCAAUUACUGAUUUUGUAUUCUAAGCAUCUGAACUUUUUGUUGUUUCAGUACAUAAAAGGUUUUAUUUGAAGAUAAACCAUCUGGUUCUCUAGCCCUACCGAUAUAUCUGUUGGAUCCUUUGGGUUUAUAUUUUUUAUCCAUAAUCAUUUUUCUACAAGGCGCUAGAUUUACAUGAAUGCUUGUGUUGAUUGUUUCUUAUUUGUAAAAAAAACAUCCUUGUUUUUUAUUUAAAAAAACAUCCCUGAGCUAGUGGUAGAAUGGCUGGACAUCUGUCAACAGGUUACCCUAUUGUAGUAACCCUUUGGUGUUAGUAAGAAUAGGUAGACAUGAUGACGUUAUUGUUGGCUUCAGUCCAUUUAGAUAUUCCAGGUAAUAAUUAAUCGCAUUAUGAGCUUUGAUGUUUCGUCUCACAACCCAUCCUCAUGGCUUCUUUCUGUGAUAUGCAUGGUUGUUUGUAAUCGUGGUUGAGGAUAUACAGUGUAACUAAGGUCCUUAAACCUCUAUACAACUACUAGAGUAUUGUGACACCUGGUUACUAAGGGAUCAGUACACACCCCAAGCAAAACAAAUACAGAGGUUCUGACAAUAGACAAGCCCCGCCCUCGGCUUUCACACUAGGGAAACAAAUAUUUAACUGAAGUAAGGGGUCGUUCACAGCUGUACAAUAUCUAAUCAUCAUCACCUAAUAUCAAGUGUUCCUUAACAGAUUUUUUUACGUAGAAUUUUGUCACAAAACGAUCAUGUGAGUUAAGAAAAAGAUUAGAAUUUUGUACUGGAACUUAAGAUCAGUAGCUUUAAGGUGUCACUAACAUCACGGACUCUACAAGAUUUUCUAGUUGUCAAAGGAUUUGUUAUGUCUAAAGCAUUUUUUUUCAAAAUGACAAUUUGCUUUCAUCUGACGAAUACACAUCUUGAUAGUUUAAAAGUACAUCAAGGUCUAA